UUUGGCCGUGCUGCUUGGAAACAAGGAGCGUGCAGCGAUGGGAUUUCUGACGGCGCUCCCACAGCGGCUCGCUGUUCGGGCGUGCAGCCACCUCGCCGGCGCAUCACACCCCCCGCUGCGGCAGACCACGCUGGGACAAGCCGCCGCUGAAGCGGUCGAGAAGUGGGCCGAUCGAACGGCCCUGCACUUCCCUGCUGAGAACGUCUCGCUCAGCUACGGAGAGUUCCACGAACAGGUCGAGAGUGUGGCUCAGGGUCUACUUUCCUUCGAUCUGGAGCCGGGAUCUCGGGUAGGCAUCCUGUCACCUACUUGCCACCGAUAUAUCGUGUGCCAGUUCGCCGCGGCCAAGGCUGGACUCACUUUGGUUCCUAUAAACGACAGGUGUCACGCCCAUGAACUAGACUCGGCGUUGAAAAGGACUUCGUGCAGUGCACUUCUUGUUGGCCGAGGUUUCAAAAAGAACGACUACGCGCAGUGGGCUCGGGACCUGGUUCGGAACAAGCGAGCGCCGCUUUCCUUAGAGAGGUACCCUGCCCUGAAGUACAUCAUCUCGUUGGACAAUACAGCUGAUGACAGGGGCGUGAUAUGCUUCUCAGAGCUGCUUUCCUUGGGCCAGGGCCGAACAUGGCGGCUGAGAAGCGUUAGCCCAGACCUACACUCGGUGGCCUGUAUGCUCCACUCUUCGGGGUCCACUGGCACGCCGAAGAUCAUUCCGCUGAGCCACUUCAACUUGGUGAACGCCUCUCACUUGUUCCGCCACAUGACAGGUUUUGAAGCCGAGCGGAGCGUGAUGUGCUGCGCUUUGCCGCUGUACCACGCCUUCGGACACGUCAGCUUCUCGAUCUGCGGCAUAUUGGAGGGCAUGACCACCAUGUACCUUGCGCCCGGUACCACGGCCGCUCACGUGCUGGCGUGCAUUGAGCAGUACAGAUGCACUACAAUACAGGGAACGCCCACUCUCUACCACGACUUGCUCGCCUGCCCGGAACUCGAAAGCCGGAAUAUCAGCAGCCUGUGUGAAGGGGUCGUCGGAGCAACAAGCUUACAGCGGCCGGCCCUGGAGAAGAUCGCCCAGAAACUCCGUAUUCGCCGCCUGUUGAUGGCGUACGGUCUGACGGAGACGGCCGGCCCGGUCGCAGUCGGCCAAUACAACGAAGGUGGUUAUCGGCCACUGCCGCACACCGAGUUCCAUUUGCGCGCCAAUGAGCUUCACGUGCGUGGACCCAUGGUGUUCGCCGGCUAUUUUGAUCACCACGAGUCCGGCCUCCUGCCUGAUGGCUGGCUGCCCACUGGGGAUCAGGCGAAAUUGACGGAGACAGGCUUGCUGAACAUCCGCGGCCGUAUCAAGGACCUGGUCAUCAAAGGCGGCGUCAACAUCAGCCCCGAAGAAAUCGAGAUUGCGCUAACUGAGCACGAGUCCGUGGAAGAGGCUAGCGUGGUGGGCGUGCCCGACGAGCGGCUGGGCGAGGAGCUGUGCGCCUGGGUACGGCUGGUGCCCGGCGUGGGCACCACUGAGGAGCAGUUGCGUGACCACUGCAAGCACAGGGUGAACAGCCUCAAAGUGCCGAAGUACAUCGAGAUUGUCGACGACUUUCCGCGGACCAGCGUCGGGAAGAUCUCCAAGCCAGACAUACGGAGUGCGAUGGCACGAAAGCUGGGCGUGCAGUCCUGAGCGCUGACCACAGUGCAUUCUGCGUGACCUAGCGAGGCAUAGCGUUUAGUUGUACCUCAAUGGCGGCCUGACUUAGGUUCUUUAAUUAUUAUUGUAUUCGUUAUGUGUAACAGGGCCGCUCCUCACUGGGUGGUUGUACUGCUACUCACACUACACAACUACUCCAAAAUUUUAGUGGCAGUUUUCCAAAAGACAGAAAAGAAGAUGGUUCUUCAACAGCAAACCCGAAUGAAAAAAAAACACUGUCACACUCACAUAAUGAUGACAAUUAAAAUUUAAGAAUGCAAUACAAAA